AUGUCGGCGUUGCAGACAUUUCUGCUGGUCGUGGACCAUGACAAGCAGGAGGCUAAGCAGAUUGCUGAACGAAUUGCUCAAGAUGUGGAGACCAAGAAAACGACCCUUAUCGAAGUCGUUCAGUCUUUGGGAGAAUACAUCAAUGAUGAGGAUCCGAUCUUGCGAGGCAAAGCAGUUUCCUAUCUCACUUCUGUGAUUAAAUCACUCCCGCCGAGGUUCCUUUCGAGACAACAAAUUCAAGUCUUAACUACCUUCUUUUGUGACCGUAUAGAAGAUGGAGGAGCUGUCGCUGGGCUGGAUACACUUCAGAAGUUGGAUCGCUUCAACAAAGCAUUAGCGGAGGAGGUCGCACAAGCCAUCUUUGAACAUUUUCAAGACCUGCAGUCUCGAUCACAAUCCCAGAGAUUUCAAGUUUACCAGUUACUGAACGAACUGAUGGUAAACCAUCGUUCGGGUGGGUGUUAA